AUGAGUAAUUUCCAGAACGGAAAAGGCAAGACAUUGCUUUUUUUAAGUCAUAACGGGAGAGGUAUGUCUAGUGACUCUAGUCACACCAACUCCCCAGUCAUCGACGUAGGAUAUGCCAAAUACCGCGGGGUAAGGCUCGAUGCGGGAGUAGAUCAGUUCCUCGGCAUGAGAUUCGCCCAAGCGCCUCUGGGUCAUCUCAGGUUCAGGGCGCCGCAAGAUCCAGCUCGAGAAAAGGACAUUCAAGAUGCCUCACAGUUCGGCCCAAUAUGCGUAGGCGUUAGCCAGGCCCUCGACUCCGGCCACGCAGAAGACUGCCUCUUCGUCAACGUCUUCAAACCGUCCGGCGCAAACGAAUGGUCCAAUCUCCCCGUCUGGGUCUACAUCCAAGGCGGCGGCUACUCGACAAACUCAAACGCAAACUACAACGGCACCGAAGUCAUCCAGCAGUCCAACAAUGGCCUCGUAUUCGUCAACUUCAACUACCGUGUUGGUGCACUGGGAUUUCUGGCGAGUGAGCAUGUCCGUAGAGACGGCGAUCUCAACGCAGGGCUGUUGGACCAGAGAAAGCUCCUGCACUGGGUGCAGAAGAACAUCAGAAAGUUCGGCGGCAAUCCCAACCACGUCGUCAUCCAAGGCGCCUCGGCCGGCGGCGGCUCCGUCACGCACCACCUCACAGCCUACGCCGCCAAAAAGGACAACCAGCUCUUCGUCGGCGCCAUCCCCGAGAGCCCCUUCUGGCCAACCCUCCGCACCGUCGCCGACAUGGAGUUCCAGUACCAGCAGCUGCUCGCCAACGCAAACUGCUCAUCGCUCGACUGUCUCCGCGGCCUCGACACGCAGACUCUCAUCAGCGUCACCCCCAACGCGCCCUUGACCGGAGCAGCAAGCAACAACCCCCUACCGCUGUGGUACUGGCUGCCUGUCGUAGACGGCGACUUGAUCACAGAUCACCUCUACGACAACUUUGAACGCGGCCACUUCAUCCGCGUGCCCGUCCUCGUCGGCGACGACACCGACGAAGGCACCUAUUUCGGCUACAACGCCUCCACCGCGGACCAAGUCCAGGUCUUCAUCAAGAACAACUACCCGCUACUGCAGGAUUCCCAGCUCGAAUCCAUCAGCCAGGCCUAUCCCCUCGCAGCGCCCAUGGCCCAGCACGCAGCCUACUUCCCCUCCGCACAAGCAGCAUACGGCGAAUCGACCUUUACUUGUCCCGGAAACACCGUCGCCGCCUCCGUAGCACGCCAUUUCGAUCCCCGUCGCGUCUGGAACUACCACUACAACGUCUUGGACCCAGAUAAUCUCGCCAGCGGCCUCGGCGUGCCUCACACAUUCGAGACGAGCGCCGUUUUCGGACCCGGGUACGCCGGCGGAGCAGCAGCGUCCUAUUACACGACAAACGCAGCCAUUGUCCCAGUAACGAUGCAUUAUUUUAUUAGUUUUGUGACAAAGCUGAAUCCUAAUACGGCAAAGUAUGCUUCGGCGCCGAAUUGGGAUCCUUGGGGCCAGAGCACGGGACAGCGGAUCCGACUGCAGACGAAUGAUACGGCCAUGGAGCCUGUGCCUUCGGAUCAGAUAGCGAGAUGUAAUUUGUGGCAGAGCCUUCAAGGCUACACUCAGAUGUAGUUGGAAAGUACAAAGUGAUGAC